CACUCUAUGGGGAUCAGUCAACGGACGGAGGCAGUGAGCACGAUGCAAUCUGUUAAUGGCUUCUCAGUUGGAAGGAUAAUCAUUACCGGAAAGGAAGACCCCACGUGGAUUGAAUCGUGUUUAAUUUAGCCUACGUCACAACACUUUGGGUGGAAGAGGAAGCAGGUCACUUCGGCCCGUUGACCAGAGCCACAUGCCGCUCACCUCAGCUACAUCCACAAAUAUUGGAACAUGUGGUCUUCCAUUCCGACACCCUUCCAUGUGGUUGUCAACCCCUAUCUCUAUGAUCACACCACUCAUGGGUUUGCAGUCCCAGUGCCCUGUCAGAUGAUCCCAUAUAACAAUCCUGUAUUUAUCGAUUCAUUGGCCGUGCCCGGUUCAAAUACUCGUGCUUCCCAAGAAAACGUGCUUUCCGGGACCCAGAGGUUGAGCAACUUGGACAGACCCAAAGGGCCCAUGUUUAUAAAAAGAGUGCCAUUGAAGAACAGUUGUGCUAGUGAUCCAUCCAGAGCACGACGAUGCGCUGUUGACCAUAGAGAGGUGGAGUGUCUUCCGAACACUGUCAGAGAGAGUUUGGACCUCCUGGAUCACAGUGAAGAAGUGCCACAAAAUUCAAAGGCCAAAGGCUGGCAGGAGGAAAGCGGUAACGCUGCACUGUAUGAGGACUCCUCAGCCAAGGCCAGUUCCUUUUUGGAUGCAGGGCUUGAACAGCACUUUUACUGGGGGGCACCUUGGCAAGCCCCCCAGUCUCCGCCCAGCCAGGCACAGUGCUGGGGUCCCUCUGCUUGCACUGUGACUGGUCGCUCAUAUGGUUCUCCCUACAGCCUCGAUGGCAGUCAGCCGUCUGCCUCUCAGCUCAACCCCUCCGCCGCUAUCUACGUUAUGGUGCCCAAGCAGGACAGCCCCGCCCUGGCCACGGCGACUGGGACGGCCCGGUGCGAGAGGUCGUCCCCUGGUGCGAGAGGUUGUCCACGCCCGUCGUCCACGCCCAAGGUCGUCCACCCCCUUCGCGGGUCGUCCCCUCUCUUCCUCAGGCAGGCGGGUCGUCGGGGGGACCCCAUUCAGGGCAGCGUCGCGUCCUGCAAAGCGGGCGUCCCCGAAAUGGACCAGGAGGAGAGCUCCGACUUCCACAGCUUCCUGGAGGAGGAUGAGAACAUUGUCUCGGGUGAGAGUAGCAGCAGGCCCGGGGCAGGCGCAGGCCGAGACCGCUCUGCGGGGGCCGGCGGAGAGGCCCCGCACACUGUCGAAAGGGGCACUUCCCCUUCCCCCCGCGUAGUCACGUCCGAUGUAUCAGUCGGUACGGAGACACGGUGUGUGUCGGUAGAGGCCCAGACGAAGGUGCCCGCAACGGCAGACCAGAAUCAUCUCACCAUGCUGCAGAUGUCCGACCUGGACUACUUGGCUGAGGAAUUUGUGAAACUCAAGUCUGCCGAGAAGGAACUUGAUGAGCUAAGACAGAAACUGAAAAGCUCAGAGGAGGCCGGGGACAGGGUACCGUGUGAGGGAUUUUGUCGGCGGGCGCAGUGCGCCGAGCUGUGUCUGCUGGACCUGCACUACACCAUGUGCCAGCAGCAAGCCUGGAGGGACUGCUUCACCUCCCCUGAUGACCUCGCCAUGACAACAGCACACUCUGAGCCCAAGGACCCUCCGGCCAAGCUUGUUAAUGUCUGCGAGAAGCUCCAGUGUGACUACAAAGAGAUGAGGACCAAGAUCCUGGCUGGUGUGACCCUGGAGCAGCUGGAGCCUCUGUUCGUCAGCUCGGCGAGACUAACCUCUGGCUGCCCCUACGGCCCUCCAAAGCUCAUUGGUGAUGCUUUGGAGGAUGUCACGACAAGCUCUCGGCCACUGGAGGGAUGGGACUUGGAAAUGCAUGGAGGGAAAGAAUGUCCCCUGUUUCCAAAGAGCGAAGACCCGAAGGAGGCUAAGAGACAGAAUGCCCAUGUGGCUCACUCCACGGUGAAGCGCAGAAGAGCGGUUUCCCAAAUGCUCAAGCACAGUGGGACAGACGACAAGCCGACGGAGGACCGUGUGACUGAGGUAGUGGCCGUGGAGUCUCAAAUGGAGGGGGAUACUACUGAGUUGAGCACCGGCGAGGUGUGGUACGAUGCUAAGGAGGACCUGGAACCCGCCGUCGUUAUGGUGCCGACCGGACAGGGAGACACCCCUUCAGGGAGUGACGAAGGGAUAAAAGAAGGCAAGAACACACUGGAUAGGGUCUGAUGAAUUCAGACAAGUGAAAGGGGCGGGGUUACGCAUUGUUUCCUGUUUCAUCUACUUGCAUGGGAAACUUUCAGACGGGUAUUUUCAUUAUUUCUUUCUAUUAUGUCUACACAGUGUCGAUUCGAAACGUUUACUGACACUUG